UGAGAAAACGACGAUAACGGAACAACAAAAAUAGAAAAAAACUAGGAAUUGAAAAACGCUAGUCGUCCCGUGCGCGAUAAGAGGUAUAUCAUUAUCGGACCGAUCGCGUUCGCGUUGUAUUCCGGGCGACGGUUUUCGCGAUUCGGGAACGCAAAAACGCGUAUAUUAGCCGCCGGCGAUCGUGUACCUACACCGCGCACCGGACCCGCCAACCAUCACCGCGAUAAAAACGAGUUCGGCUACACGGCGGGAACCGGAGGCCAUCGACGUUUUUCCCCCGAAAGCGUUCGAAUCGACCGGGACAGUUUUCGGUCCGCUGUUUGCCGUGUCGUUCUCGCAACACAAGUAACGCGCUUUUUUACGAGUAAUUUUGUUUUGAACUCGUCCUGGUCUGACCCGUUGGCGAAAUACAUUGACGGCGGAGGUACGAUUUACUGGUUCGCCAAGUGAUAUGUAUAUAUAGUACCUACGGUGCGCGACGAUGUUCGUCGACGAUUUGGUUAAAGGGUUUUACGAUGUGAUUUUGAACAACAAAAUUUUAAUCUUGGUGAACUAUGAUGUCGAUGCAAUUUGUGCUGCAAAAAUACUUCAAUAUAUAUUACGUUAUGACAAUAUUGUUUAUGUACUUGUACCCAUAAAAACAGUUACUGAAUUGAAAAAAGUAUACGAUGAGCAAAAAGUUGAUGUUAAACAUAUUAUAUUAAUCAACUGUGGUGGUACAUUAGAUAUAAUAGAUAUUUUAGAACCAGAAGAAGAUGUAAUAUUUUUUGUAUCAGACAGUCAUAGACCAACUGAUAUUUGUAACAUUUACAGCAGUAGACAAAUACAAAUUCUUACUAUUCCUGAAGAGGAUGAAAAAAUCCCAGAAUUCGAAGAUGUAUUUGUUGAUAAUGAGUCAUUAGAAGAAGAUACUGAUGAACUUAAUGAUGACUCAAAUAAUGAUACUGUUGAGGAACUUCAAAAUAAAAGUAGAAUAAAUCAUCAAAACGCAUUUAUAAAAAGAAAUAAAAGAAGAAAUUGGGAAGAAAAAAGGAAAACCUUUUUAUUUGAUUAUACUCAAUUUUCAUAUUAUGGGCGUUCAACUGCUAUAUUAAUGUAUGAUCUUGCUUGGAAAUUACACAGAGAGUCUAUUGAUUUACUAUGGUGGGGUAUUAUUGGUGUCACUGAACAAUACAUUUUAGGUAAAACUGAGAAUAUGCGUUAUUUAAAAGAAGUUGAGUUAAUAGGUGAUCACAUUGGUCGUAUUUGUGAGUCUGCUGUUAAUGAUUUGAACUGUAUGUCACAAUCUAUUUCUAAUCCUCCAAAUGAUUCUAGAAAUUCAAGAAUUGAAUCUGAAAAAGAUUUAUUAUUAGCUUUAUAUAGACAUUGGACAAUUGAGUCUAGUAUUCGAUACUCUAUGUUUACUGCUGUAUCUUUGAAACUAUGGACAGUUAAAGGCGAGAAACGAUUGAAACAAAUUUUGGCUGAGAUGGGAUUACCAUUGUCAGAAAGUCGUCAAAUGUAUCGUUCCAUGGAUUUAAAUUUACGUAAACAAUUUUUUGGCAUGAUAGAAAAAAUUUCAAAUACCCAUAAUUUGUUACAAAUAACUUAUCCUUCUUUUAUAUUGCAAAAAGGAUUUAAAACCAAGUACCAAUGUGCUGAUUAUGUGUAUUCAAUGAUAGCUACAUUGGAAAGUAAUUCUCACGAAAAGUCACCUAUUGAAUGUUUUUAUAAUACAAUGGAUUUAUUAUCACAAUCCAAAAACAAUUUAUUAGAUGAAGGAAUAGAAAAAGCCAAAUGGAUAUUAACUAAUAUGUUUAAACAUAUUCAAGCUGUAUUAGAUAUGAAACAAGUGAUAUUAGCUGGACCAUUUUAUUACCUAAUUAUUCAAGAGGGAACUCUAAAUUCACAACAUUAUUCCAACCCUCAUUUAUUAACUAUGUUAGCUUCAUUCGCAUUGAGGGCUCAAAUUGCAUCAUCGCCUAGAAAUAGAAUCACUCACUUACCCUUAAUUGCUUCAGCAGUUCUAGAUUUAAGUCAAGAUUCUUGUGUAGUAGUUGGUAUUCCUCCAAUUACAGAAUCAUUGCCUAAAAGUUUCUUUGGAAAAGCAUUUGAACAAGUGGCUAGAAAAACAAAUACGGAUGUUUCAUUUGAUUAUUUUGAUUCAUCUAUUGCUAAAAUGCAAAUUAAAGACCGGCCAAGAUUUUUUGAUGCAUUAACAGUUUUACUUAGUUGAUGAACUAUAUAUAGUAUUAUAUUUAUAUUUGUAUUUAAGUGAAUUAUGUUUUAUAUUCAUAAAUGGAAUUUCUCA